AUGUCUCUCAUCAACUUUGGCGGUUUUGGACCUUCCCCACGCAGCAUUGAACGUCGCAUGAAUCAACUCAUGAACCACAUGUAUCAAGACUUCCCUUCCACUGGUAGUCUUUCCUCCUUUUUCUCGGACAACAACAACCCAUCAUCCAACUUUAUCAGCCCUGCUGUGAGUCUUUAUGAAACGGACAAGCAAUGGGUCAUCCAUGCCGAAUGCCCCGGUGUCAAGAAAGAAGAUAUCAAGGUGGAUGUGAACGGCGACACAAUGACCAUCUCGGGCGAAACCAAGUUUGAUCAGCAAUACACAAAGGAAAACACGCGCUAUCAAGAGCGUCGUGAAGGCACUUUUUCACGCACCUUGACCGUUCCCGAAAAUGUUGACCGUGACAAGAUUAACGCCAAGUAUGAAAACGGCAUCCUCGAGAUCACCAUGCUCAAGAGUGAUCAAGCCAAGCCCUCCAAGAAGAUUACUGUCCACUAA